GAAAAAGAACUUUGUGUUUUCUUCCAAAUUACUCCACUAUACUAAAAAGUAGUACGUAUGAUAGUUACCCAAAGGUGAUAUUACCAGAGACUUGUGCUACUGUUCAAUUGACGGCUGGCGAAGUUGAAAUUGUCAAUCUGCUUAUAUAGCCCCGUGGAAUAUUUGAACCAAAUCCCCAAACAGGUUCGUCACUUCUGGCGUAAGAUCAUCUGGGUCGGUCUCGGUUCGACGAUUCACAGCGGCUCUGAGGUGGGUUUCAAGUGCUUGUCAAGGUGCGUGCAAGCUCGUCGGAACGAACACUUGAGUAUCCAAAACAAAAGUGGCGAAUCCACGAGACUACGGCGAUUACGUCAGGUUUCCGGCCACGGAGGAUGAUGAGGAGGGAGGAGCUAGCUCGCAGCAGGCUCCUCCGCAGGUGACGACGGCGGCGUUGGGGGAGGAGGUGGCGAUGUUCGCGGGGUUAGGACGGUCGAGGGAGAUGACCGCGAUGGUGACGGCGCUGACGCAUGUUGUGUCUGGCCAGAGGCAGGACAGGGGCGAGACGACGACGUCGUUCGGAAACUCACCCCCGCCGCCGUCGUCAAUUUAUUCGUCGUCGAGCUCGGGGUCGUGGGGUGGGCAGAAGAGAGAGAGGGAAGAAGAGAGCGGGAGCCAGUAUUUUGAGCAGCAGUUUCAGAGGGUUUAUACAGGGUUUGGUGAUUACAGGGGAGAGUCAUCCUCUGUUUCAACUGCGCCAGAACAAUCCACACAAAUCUCUCCCACCGCGGCGGCCACCGCCACCACUCCACCAACUCCCUCAACGGAAACCGCCUCAUACGAAGAAACAGGAGAGAGAAGAAGAAGAUACAGAGGAGUCCGGCAAAGACCGUGGGGAAAAUGGGCAGCCGAAAUACGCGACCCACACAAGGCCGCGAGGGUCUGGCUAGGCACAUUCGACACGGCCGAGGCCGCGGCCAGAGCCUACGACGAAGCGGCCCUCAGGUUCAGAGGGAACAGAGCGAAACUCAAUUUUCCCGAAAACGUCAGGCUGGUCCCGCCUCCACAGAAUCCAACACCAACCCAUUUCUCCAUUUCCAAUUCUCCGGCGACCCUUUUGACUGCCGCCCCUCCGCCACAACUUCCGCCGCAGCAGCAGGCGGCUUUCUUUCAGGCGCAGCCGGAUUACUGGGAGUACUCCCAGUUGCUGCAGAGCAGCGGCGAUUUUCAACCCAAUAGUUUGUUACAGCAAAUGUUUUACGCUUCUUCGUUAGCUGGUUUACAUUCCCAUUUGUUGCCUUCUUCUUCCUCGCCUCAAUUUGCUUCUUCCUCUGUUUCUUCGUCGAGUUCUUCGUAUCCCCUGCUUUUUCCCGGCCAACAAAUGGGGUAUUUCCGGCCGCCGGGAAAUUCGGAUCAGGGCGGUGGGUCUGAUUUCCAGGCGCCGCCGUGGACCGGGUCCAGCAGCAGCCAGUACCCUCCUCCUUCUUCGAGUUGAUUUUCAAUACUAUUAUUUUUUUUAUAACUAAGUUGUUCGGAUUAGCUUACCUAGUUAAUUUUCAUAUACGUCAUUAUUAUUAUUUUUAAUAGGAGAACAUGCGCAUAACUUCUUUUUUUUGUUUUCUUUGUUUUCCGUUCUAUUUUUUGAUAUACUCUGCAUUGUACGUGAUUUUGGCUACUUGAUUUUCACUUUCACAUUAUUCUUUACAGUAAAAAAUAAAAUGUAGUUGGGAAUUUUUC